AUGCUGGCCUCAUCUCUUCACUCGAAAAUGGAUGUUCUAUCGUCAGUGGUUGUUAUGGGUUUUCUAGCAUUCUUCGCCCUCUUCGCCUUGCUGUUCGUUGGAUUUCAACUUCAUAAUGAGACCGUGCAUAUUAUCCGGCUCUCGACCAGCAUCAUCAAUUCUCGACCGGAUUGGCUCAGUGCCGCGAGAAACUUCACCGAAGAUAAGUUGGAAGAUCAUGAUAUUGACAUUGACCAGUACGUGCAGCAGGGCUACGAACAAGGCCGUGCAUGGCUUGCAUCAAACGUACGUUCCCUGGUACCACAGGACAGCAUCAGAGCGGACAUGCUCGAAAAACAAGUGAUGAAGGUUGUGGACAAUCUCUACCGAAUGUGGGAAGAAAGAGAUACCGCCAGGCCAACUGCUGCUUCACCAGAAGGUGAAGUGCGGGACUGGAAGACGCAGUUAAUGUCAAUCACGGACUUACGCGCUCUGAAACAGGAAAUCACCUUGAUCGUGAGAGAAAACCUGGAUACAUUAAUGGGUGUGGCUCGCUCUGUAUGGUCGGUGUUGUCGGUGAAUCUUACGUUUGUUCUAUCACUGAUGGGUGCCCUUGCUGGGCUUCUCUUGAGCUUUGGAAUGGACAUACUCAACACUAUAAUCGAAUUGAUUGUGUUCCUCACCAUGGUCUACUAUCUUCUCUCAGCGUCUAGAGAUCGAUGGCUACCGAUCCAGUGGUUCAGUGAUUUAGCGCAGUUGGCUACCAUCUCUGAUACGUCAAGUCCUCCGACGAGAACGGGUAAACCAUCGGUAAUGGACUACGAUGUCACCGGUGCCAUUGAACAGGCGAUUUUUGGAGUUUUCGUGUUGUCGUCAAAAAUGGCUGUUUUCUAUGGGCUGUAUACAUACUUCGUCCACAGCCUUUUCGAUCUGAACGUGGUGUUUGUUCCAUGCAUGCUUGCCUCUCUCUUUGCUGCUAUUCCGAUCAUGCCACCAUACAUUGUGUGCAUUUUUGGAUUUUUGGAGUUGUGGCUGGUCCGAAGUGAGUUGUCUGUGGCGAUCGUAUUUGUUAUCAUGUCGUUUGCACCGUCGAUGUUCGUUGAUGCGACGUUUUACAGAGAAGUCAAAUUUUCUCAUCCCAUAUGUGACUGGUCUGUCAAUUCUUGGAGGCAUGUAUUGGCUUGGACUGCA